AAUCCGCAAAAAUAGAUACGCGUGAACGCUCCUCAUUUCUGAUUCAUAUGAUUUAUCUCGCGCGACACGCCAGCCGAGAGGCAUUUAUUAAACGAGGACGAUUUUAUUUAACAAGCCAAAAGAGGCUUAGCGUUCAACUUGCAUGAAGAGGACACCGUUUUUAUUGCGGCCGACAGAAGGUCGACUUGAUUCGCUCCGAGGAUUCCUCCGCGAAGGAAAAGAGACUGGGCUCCUCUCUCGUCGGAGUGGAGAUUGUGGAACGGCAGGGAACCGUGAUGUAUGCGAGACUAAUGCUAUCUGGCUUCACGAGCUACCUUUCCUCAGUCUUUCACGUCCCGAGCGACCGGUCGCACAGUCGAGACGACAAACGCACGUUCCGUUCGCCAACGCGAGUAUACUCGCGUAUCUUUUCCUUCAAUUCACCGCAAAGAGAGUCGACUCGACGCGAAGGAUACACACAAUUCGACGAUGCGUCCGCGAUCGUAGCUCUUGCUAGUGUCAACACGGAGGCGCGGGUCGUAAGGGUGGUAUCGAAGUGGACCCUGUCGAGGAAAAAAGGUAGAAAAAGCGGAAGAGCAGAGGAGGAGAGGCAAUAAUAAUAUGAAGGUCCUGUGCGUGACGAUUAUCAUCGCAAAUGCAGCGUUUCUCUUGAUUAUCGUUGACGGCACGCGUGACGGUCGGGGCGACAAAGUGUCGAAGCGAGCGAAGCCGCUCGAUCCCGACGAAGACGAUUAUUACUACGAUGAUCCGGUGGACGAGAGGAAUAAUCCUACGAACGAAGCGCCGGUCGUGCCGCCCGGAUUCCUGAGCCCGUCUGUGCGCGAGUACCUGGAUCUUGGCAAAUCGAUACCCGGUCGGCCAGGCACGGAUUAUCCGGUGCUGGGGAAAGUGCCCUACACAAAUUUCUACUGCGACGACCAGUCCUUUCCCGGCUUCUUUGCCGAUGUAGAGACGAGAUGCCAGGCGUGGCAUUAUUGUGACAUAGACGGGCGACAGGCAACGUUUCUCUGUCCGAACGGCACGCAAUUCAGCCAAGCGGUAUUUGUCUGCGACUGGUGGUUCAACGUGAGAUGCGAGCUCAGCCCGAAGCUUUACGCCAUCAACAGUCGACUUUACGGUACGCCCACCGAGAGCCCGACCAGACCUCACCGACUGAUCACAAAGGAGCUUCUGGAGAAUAUUUUCGUGCGUAGGAAAUGAAGAGGUCGAACAGACAGCACGCGAUAUUCGCCUUGAAUCAAGAAAAGAAGAGAAGAAGAGGCGAGAGGAAGAAAGGGAACGGUCAUCAUCGUUCGAAAUGGAAGACACUUUCCCUCGCCAUACAGAGAGAAAUAUCAUAAAAAAAGCGCCGCGGGUCUUUAAAAAUCCAUACAAGAUAUCCUUUUAUCUUCUUUAAUAAAUCGUUUGCGAAUCUUGCUACUUCAAGAGUCUCGAUUCUUUGAUCUUCGAAUCAAUCGUAGUCACUUAACUAUUCCAUUUUACUGAUCGACAAACUAUCGUGAGAUGUAUGUCUGGACACUAUCACGACUCUGCGAAAACACUUUCACAGGAAACGUGAGCGAAACAUUCGAGAACAUCCGAUGCGAGGAAAACACGCCACUCUGAAGAACCACUCUGCAUCUGGAGAUUAUCGAGAGAGAUCAAUCUUUGCCAAGUGAAUAUCGAAAUGACAAAGAUCUUUCGUCCGCAAGCGAAGACUGGCGCCGAGAAGACGAGAAGGAUGCUCGUCGACGCUAAGCACCUGUGUCAAUAAGAACCGGAACCGGAGAUAAACUCUUCCGCUCACAUUUGCCCUUCCACAUUCAUGUCGCCCUACGAUUCACGUCGAUACUCAAGGUUUUUAAUCAUUGAUGAGAUCUCAUCAAUGUCUAUUGUAGCUCUCUUCUCUCUACCGGCGUCUUUACGGAUGUCAUCGACAUGUCAUCUUUACGGAUGUCUAUCGCGCGUCUCGUCGGUGGAUAAGAAACUGCGGAAGUUGAUUGUUAUAGCGGAAGUAUAAGAGUCACGUGCCAUCGACACAUUUGCGCGAAAAUCAAUCAACUACGUGUUCUAUGAUCGAUCAUUAACCCGAAUGCGAUCCUCACACAACAAUGCUUCGAUUGUGCUGUAAUAUAUUUGAUAGAUUUUCGCGAUUUUCGUUGUAGUUUUCAGUAGUGAUCUUUUGUUAAUUAUAUUUACCAACCCAAAAAUAAAUCAAUUUUAAUUACGCUUUGCUAUUUUGCGAAUAUCAUAAUGUUCGUUGUAUUUUUAGAAGUGAAUUUUUAUGCACGCUAAAUUAUAUUCAUAUACAUAUAAAUAUGUAUAAAUAGGCAAAUAUUGUCAAAAUAUAUUUUUUAUUUGUUACUAUAAAUGUAGUAUCGAUUGCGAAGGCAUAAAGUAUCAAACGAAAAUAUUAUCAACUUUAAUAUAUUGUUAUAUGAAUCAU